CACUCUCCACCCACCAUACAGACGGACUUGUACAAGAAAACUCCCUCUGACUUCACUCUUCAUAUCACACACUCUCUCUGCUGCAGGACGCUUCAACAUCACCCACAGGAGGAGCUGUCAAUGUUCUGCUCUUGGAAAUGUCGCUAAUAAUCCACAUUUUAACAACUUUGGCCCUGUGGUGCUCCGUCAGGGCGCUGCAGAUGCCAGAGUUUGCGGAUGUUUGCACCGAGGGAAGCUGCUACCCCGCCACAGGUGACCUGCUGAUCGGCCGCGCGCACAAACUCACCGUGUCCUCCACCUGCGGCCUCAAGCAGCCAGAGCGCUUCUGCAUCGUCGGACAUCUGGAGGAGGAGAACAAGAAAUGUUUUGUGUGCGACUCCAGGGAGCCGUACGACGAGGACACCAACCCCGUCAGCCACACCAUCGAGAACGUGGUCACCACCUUCGCCCACAACCGCCUCAAGACCUGGUGGCAGUCGGAGAACGGUGUCGAGAAUGUGACCAUCCAGCUGGACCUGGAGGCCGAGUUCCACUUCACACACCUCAUCAUGACCUUCAAGACGUUUCGUCCGGGUGCCAUGAUUAUCGAGCGCUCCAUGGACUUCGGGAAGACGUGGCAGGUUUAUCGUUACUUUGCUUACGACUGCAAGUCGUUCUUCCCCGGCGUGUCCUCGGGUCCGCUGGUCAAAGUCGACGAGAUCAUCUGCGACUCUCGUUACUCCGACAUCGAACCGUCCACAGAGGGAGAGGUGAUAUUUCGGGUGCUGGACCCCGCCUUCGAGAUCGAGGACCCCUACAGCCUGAGGAUCCAGAACAUGCUGAAGAUCACAAACAUCAGGGUGAAGUUCAUGAAGCUCCACACGUUGGGCGACAACCUGCUGGACUCUCGUGACGAGGUGACGGAGAAGUACUACUACUCCCUCUUCGACAUGGUCGUCCGCGGUAACUGCUUCUGCUACGGCCACGCCUCCGAGUGCGCCCCGAUCGACGGAGCGCCAAGUGGAGCCGAGGGCAUGGUCCAUGGCCGCUGUGUGUGUAAUCACAACACAGAGGGACUGAACUGUGAGCGCUGCCAGGACUUUUACCACGACUUACCCUGGAGACCUGCAGAGGGACGAAACACCCACGCCUGCAAGAAGUGCGAGUGCAACCAUCACGCCACAUCGUGCCACUUCGACAUGGCCGUGUACCUGACCACGGGGAACAUGAGUGGCGGCGUGUGCGACGACUGCCAGCACAACACGGUGGGCCGGCAGUGCGAGCAGUGUGCACCCUUCUACUUCCAGCACCCGAACAGGGACCUGAGGGACCCCAACGUGUGCGAGCCGUGCAGCUGCGACCCGGCCGGCUCUCUGCAGGGCGGACUGUGUGACUCUCACACCGACGUGGCGGCCGGGAUGAUCUCGGGUCAGUGUCGGUGCAAAGCGAACGUGGAGGGCGAGCGCUGCGACCACUGCAGGCAGGGACACCACGGGCUGGGCCAGGGGCCCGACGGCUGCCUGGCUUGUGCCUGUAACGCGGUCGGCACGCUGCCCGGAGGAAACUGUGACUCUGAGACAGGAAGGUGCUUCUGCAAACGCCUCGUCGACGGACAUAACUGUGAUACGUGUCUGCCGCAGCACUGGGGUCUGUCCAACGACAUGGACGGCUGCAGACCGUGUGAUUGUGACCUGGGCGGAGCUGUCGACAAUAACUGCGACUCUCACUCCGGUCAGUGUGAGUGCAGGGAGCACAUGUUCGGGCGUCGCUGUGAUCAGGUGGAGUCCGGCUUCUACUUCAUCGCUCUGGAUCACUACACGUACGAGGCGGAGGACGCCAAGCACGGACCGGGAGUGACGGUGGUCCCGAGGCCGUACCCUCUGGACCGCAGCCCCACCUGGACCGGGAUGGGCUUCGUCAACGUGCCAGAAGGAGCUUACUUAGAGUUCAACAUCGACAACGUCCCCGAGUCCAUGGACUACGACCUCCUGAUCCGCUACGAGCCUCAGCUCCCGGAGCAGUGGGAGCAGGUGAACGUGGCCGUGCAGCGUCCCGUCGACCCUCCCAACUACAUCUCUCACUGCGGAGACUCGGUGCAGAGCGGAGACCAGCAGUCCAUCUCUCUGCCUCCAGGAUCCAGACACGUGCUGCUGGUGCGGCCGGUGUGUUUCGAGGAAGGAUUCAACUACACGGUCCGCCUCACUCUGCCGCUCUACUCCUCAGUCAGUGACGUCCAGAGCCCGUACACGCUCAUCGACUCUUUGGUGCUGAUUCCUCGGGUCAGGGAGAUGGACAUGUUCCACGGCGUGGACGGUGAGGGAGCGUGGGAUACGUUCCAGCGCUACCGGUGUCUGGAGAGCAGCCAGAGCGUGGUGAAGAGCCCGCUGACCGACAUCUGCAACGACUACAUCUUCAGCGUCUCCGCUCUGCUGCACAAAGGAGCCAUUGCGUGCCAGUGUGACCCUCAGGGUUCCCUCAGCGCCGUGUGCGAGCCCAGCGGCGGUCAGUGCCGCUGUCGCUCCAACGUGGUCGGCAGGAACUGUGAACACUGCGCCCCGGCCACCUUCCUGUUCAGCCCCUCCGGCUGCAGGCCUUGCGAGUGCGACCCUCGGGGCUCCGUCGGCGCCUUCUGCCACGAGGCGACGGGUCAGUGCCAGUGCGUCCCCGGGGCCACGGGGCGCCAGUGCUCCCACUGCCUGCCGGGCUUCUGGGGCUUCCCCCAGUGCCGACCGUGCCAGUGUAACGGACACAGCGAGUACUGCCACCCGCAGACCGGAGAGUGUCAGGGCUGCAGGGAGUUCACCACCGGACACCACUGUGAGAGGUGUCUGGCUGGUUACCAUGGCGACCCAGAGCUGGGUUCAGGGGGUCACUGCCGACCCUGUAUGUGCCCCGACGGACCGCGCAGUGGACGCCAGUUCUCCGACAGCUGUUACCUCCUGGCCAACACCAACCAGCUGGUGUGUGUGUGCAGCCCGGGCUACAAAGGUGCCAGGUGUGAUCAGUGCGCUCCGGGGUACUUCGGGAACCCUCUGGUGCCGGGCGGCCGCUGCCUGCCCUGCCAGUGCAGCAACAACAUCGACAUGCACGACCCCGACUCCUGCGACACUCGUACAGGCGCCUGCCUCAAAUGUCUUUACCACACCGAGGGCUACGGCUGCCAGCACUGCAAGCUGGGUUACUACGGCAACGCUGCCACUCAGAGCUGCAGGAAGUGCAUGUGUUACUCGGUGGGCUCGUCCCCUCGGGCCUGUUCCUCCCCUGAUGAGUGUCAGUGUGACCAGCACAGCGGCCAGUGUCCCUGCCAGCCCAACGUGGUCGGACAGAACUGUGACCGCUGCGCCCCCGACACCUGGAACAUCGCCAGCGGGACGGGCUGCAAGCGCUGCGACUGCGACCCUGUGCACUCAUUCGGCUCCUCCUGCAACGAGGUCACAGGACAGUGCUCGUGCAAACCCGGUUUUGGUGGAAAAACAUGUCGGGAGUGCAGAGAGCUCUUCUGGGGAGAUCCAGAGAUCAAAUGUCACGCUUGUGACUGCGACUCUCGGGGGAUCUCCAGUGACCAGUGCCACCGCGCCACGGGUCAGUGCACCUGUGUGGAGGGCGUGUCCGGCCCGCGCUGCGACCAGUGCGCCCGGGGCUACCAGGGCGAGUUCCCCGCCUGUGAACCCUGCCACCAGUGCUUCGCAGUCUGGGACAACGUGGUCGGAGAGCUCGCCAACCAAACUCGACGUCUGGAGGCCCAAGUGACGCAGCUCCAGACCACCGGGGUCACGGCGCCGUACAAAGAACUCGUCAGCAACAUUGAAAAGAGCGUCAAAGCCGUGAGAGAAAUCGUGGAGAGCAACCCUGCAGCGGUGAAGCUGGAGCAGGUUCAGGACCUGAUGCAUCAGAUCACCGGUGUAAUGUCUUACCUGAACGGGAAGCUGAACACGACCGAGGAGACUCUGAAUCUUCUCCACAACGACGCCAACGACACUGACGCAAACCUGAACAAACUGACUGAGGAGGCCAACCAGCUGGAACUGAGCGUCAAGGAGCUGAGACAGCAGGUCUACGACGCCAAGAAUGCCAACAUCCAGGGUGCCAUGGACACGAUUGCAACUGCUCACGCGCAGUCUACGAUGGCGGAGCUCCGCGCCAACGCCUCCACCAGUGACCCCGGGAACACGGUGGAGCAGUCAGCCGCGCUACGGAAAGCCACGGAGGACAAACUGAGCAGCUCCAAGAAGGACUUUGACCGCAAACACCAAAGAAACUCGCUGAAGCUGGAAAAACUCUCCACCGAGCUGGAGAAACUGGACCUGUCGCCACUUAGCGAGAAGACUUGUGGAGGUGCAGCUGAAGGUGACGCCUGCUCCGGUUCCCCCUGCGGAGGUUUGGGUUGUGUCGGCGAGGACGGAGCUCCUCAGUGCGGCGGAGAAGAAUGCGGAGGACUCGUCACAACUUCACAAACUGCCCUGAAAUCAGCCAAAGACCUGGACCAGGAGAUCCUCACAGCCAUGCAGGAGGUGGACAAACUCUCCAGGAUGGUGUGGGAAGCCAACAACCGCGCCAACGAGGCCAAGGUGAACGCUCUGGAGGUGCUCGUCAAAUCCAACCGCAGCAAAGAGAGAGUGGAGCAGAGCAACGAGCAGCUCCGCAACCUCAUCAAGGAGAUACGAGACCUGCUCACCAAUGAAAAGGCAGAUGUUGCAGUGAUCGAGGCGGUGUCCAACGAGGUGCUGGCUCUGGAGAUGCCCACCUCGACGGAGAAGCUGCAGGAGCUGACGAAGGAGAUCAGAGAGAAGGUCGGCACUCUGACCAGCGUGGAGACGAUCCUCAGUCAGAGCGCCGAUGACAUCCAGGCUGCAGAGACGCUGCUCAAAGACGCCAAAGCUGCCAGUGAGGCGGCGUCCAACAUGAAGGAGAAGGCGGAUGUGGUGCGAGCCGCCCUGAACGAGACUGAGCGUGCUCAGAGUAUCGCCAUGGACGCCAUCCAACUGGCCCAGAACAACACGAAGGGAACCCUCGACCUGUUGGUCUCUGUGGAGUCGGAGACGGCGAUGUCGGAGCUGAAGCUGGGGAACACCACGGGUCGCCUGCUGCAGCUGGAGAUGGAGGUCGGCCUGCUGAGACAGAACGACCUGGAGGUGAACCGGCUCGCCACCACGGCCGACUACAUCACGGAGAAGGCCAGACUGAACGCAGAGGAGGCCCAACAGGAGUUUGAGGUGGAGCUGAAGGAUAAGUUCGGGGAGGUGGAGGAGCUGGUGGAGGAUAAAGGAGACUCGGUGCUGAAGGCGAGGAGGAGAGCAGACGAGCUGCAGCAGGAGGCCAAAGAGCUGCUCGCCCAGAGCAGCAGCAAGCUGCAGAGACUCAGAGAGCUGGAGCUUUCCUACGAGGCCAACCAGCUCGUCCUGGAGGCCAAAGCUGCAGAGCUGGCAGAUUUAGAACGAACCGCCCGCCGGAUGCUGGAGGAGAUCAGCUACAAAGUGACGCUGUACAGCACCUGUCUGUGAUCAGCACCUGUCUGUGAUCUGCACCUGUCUGUGAUCAGCACCUGUCUGUGAUCAUCUACCUGGACAUCAGCACCUCAGACUCUUCUCUGUCCAACUGGGACUUCAACGGUGCUUUUAAAGCAUUUGAAUAAACUGCUCCCAUAUGAUUCCUAGAGUAUUAUUUAUAGCUUUUAGGACCAAACACUGUAAUAUGUUUGACACUGUCAGUGCCAACAACCUAAUAUUUGAGUGUAUUGAAUAGCUGUGCCAAAAAAAGAAAGUGUUUAAGCUGCCAAGGACCAAUAAAGUAUUGAAGUGACGAGUCCCAAAGGAAACCACUAAAAGCCAACGUGACCUCAGAGCUCGUACCAAAAAUGUGUAGAGAAUAAAGAACGAUGUAACAAUCUGUGUAUUUUAAUAUAUGACUGAACUUUUUUGAUAGAAACAUUUUAUACGUACUUAAAAAGCCCAAAGAAAUGAAACAUUAUGUGGACCAAAAUGCAUUUGUGAUGGAAAAUAAUAAAAUUUGAUUUGAAAUUAA